AUGGUCAGGAUUCGGUGGUUUUUUAUUCGCCACGCGGAGUCAGAGGCGAAUGUUGUGGAGCGCUGGCGCAUCGCGGGACGUUCUGAAGCGGCGCGGUUAACGGAACGCGGGGAACGCCAGGCACGCGUUGUCGGGGAGGCGGUCGCCAUACGCCUGGAACAGGUUCUGCGGGUCGACGGUGGUGAUGCAGGUGGAGUUUCGGGUGAUGCAGGUCGUCGGCGGGUGCUUGCUCCGGUGGCGUUUACGUCGCCGCUGCUGCGUGCCCGUCAGACGGCAGCACUGGUGCUGGAGCAGGUGGCACAGCCGGUGAAGCUGGAGCCGGUUGACGACCUCGCCGAGGUAUACCAAGGUCUAUGGGAAGACGCGUUGCGUAGCGAGGUCCACACACCGGAGACGCUCCAGGCUAUGGCGCGGAACCCGUACGAGUUCCGAGCACCCGGAGGCGAAGCGCAGGCGGAUGUCGAACGACGCGUGCUGCGAGCGGUGUCAAGGAUGAGCCAGCGGGUGCUGUCGCUAUUGUCACUGGAACUCGAGGAAAAUGAACAGACUGACGUGAUCGUGCUUGUGUUUACACAUGGAUACGUUUGCAAGUGUCUGAUCCGAAGUGUGCUCGACGCUUCUCCGCAUCUAACCGGCCAGAUUCAAGUGGAUAAUGGAGCGCUGGUAGAGCUCUGGUUGGAGCCAGCCGCACAACAGGGCGCGUUAACCUCGGCUGCGGAGCUCGGCAUGUGGACCGUGCUCCGAAUCAAUGAUACCUGGGGGCAGCUGACGGCGUCGAUGCGCUGA